AUGUCACAACAUGAAAAAUCAAGACGGAGUUUGUUAAUUUAUCGAAAAAUUCCAAAGCAUUUCGAUUUUGAUCUAAAGAAUUCGAAUGGUCCAGUUAAAGGUAUCGUAACCUUUGCUCAGGAUGAAUCUGGUGCGACUACUAUCACGGGAAUCUUCAGUAAAGGUUUCGAAGAUACAAAUGCGACUUACGAAUAUCAAAUCAAGGAUGAUUGCGGCAAUGUCCUCCAUGAUCUUACCAAAGAAUUGAAUGUACAAUUAUCCGACGAUUGCGGUACCGAAUCUUUCAGACAUAAGUUUGAUAACAUCAACCUUAACUGUGACAACAACGGUUUUCUGAACGUGCAGACACAAGGAAAAGUACCAUUAUCUAAACGUAAUUGUAAACGUGAUGCCGGCGGAAAUGUAGUCGUUACAGUUGUUCUUGACCAAGCAAAAAAGCUGUAUUUUGAUGACGAAGACAUAAAGAUAAUUGAGAAAAAACAAAGUCACUGGUCAAGUCUUCAUUACUUUGAUAGAAGAAAAGUUUUUAGCCUUCCAUAUAGCCUUCUCAACGGACAUGACACUUUUAAUCAAGCACUUAAUGGCGAAUUGCAAUAUGAGUAUACGGCCUCAUUCUAA